UCAGAUUCACAAACUGCAGUUGUGAUAAAUUCAUUUGAUGAAGAUUUCACCAUUGAUUAUAAUUAUCCAAUCCCUGAAUUAGGUGAAUAUGAAAUCUUGAUUGAAAAUAAAUAUAUUGGACUAAAUCCAGUAGAUUGGAAAGGUAAGAAAUAUAAAUUUGGUAUUUAUUCAUUCCCAUGGAUCCAAGGUCGUGAAAGUUCAGGGAUUGUGCAAAAAAUUGGUUCAAAAGUUUCAAAUUUAACAAAAGGUGAUAAAGUUUUCAUUGCAUCAACUUCUUAUAGAGAUUUAAGAACUUCAACUUUCCAAAAUUUUACAAUUUUCGAUUCAAGAUUAGUUUGGAAAUUACCUGAAAAUAUCUCAUUAAAAGAAAGUUGUACAAUUGGUGUUGGUUUGAUUACUGCAGGUUCAGUAUUGGAAGAGUUAAAUGUUAAUUUAUUUGAUCAUGAAGAAUUUGAUAAGGCAAAAUUAUUACAUCAACGUGAAAAUUUGUUAAUUUGGGGUGGUUCAAGUGGUGUUGGUUCUUAUAUUAUUCAAUUAGCUAAAGUUGCAGGUUUCAAAAAAAUUAUAACAGUGGCUACUCUAAAACAUACUGAUUUUUUACACAAGAUUGGUGCGACUCAUGUUUUGGAUAGAUUUAAAUCCAAAGAAGAUUUGAUUAAAGAUUUAAAAGAAAUUGUUCCAGAAGGUUUACAAAUUGGUAUUGAUGUUGUUGGUAAAGAAACUACAGAUACUGUUAUUGAAUUUUUAAAUCCUUCAAAAGAUUUAGAUUCAAAAUUAUUGGAAAAUAUUGAAGUUAAACAAGUUUUAAUUAAAAAAUUCCAUGAAAAUUUAAAAUUUGGUGAGAAUUUGGUUGCAAAGACUUGGGAAUUAUUAUCAAAUGAGCAGAUAAAACCUCAAAAGAAUUUAAAAAUAUAUAAAGGUUUUGAAGGUAUAUUGAAUGGGUUAAAAGAUUUGGAAAAAUUUGGUGCAAGUAAUGAAAAAUAUAUA